CGGACACGGACGCCUGGUCACAUCUCUUUAUCGUGCCAAUGGCCUUCAAGGUGUUACUGGUGGUAGGCGCGGUUCUCGUGGCAGGAGUGGCAUACAUGCUCUCCAGACCAAUGAACCCUGCCGUGUCAGAGCCGUGGAAAGUACGGACCGUAGGUAGUUUAUACGGCAUCACUUUUUUGGCGGGCGUCUUAGGAGAGAAACUGGGAUUAGGCACGCAGAUGAACAUUACACGGUACUUUUUCGACCGUUUGCUGGUGUUCACAUCCUCCACUGUUGACCCUCAGCUCGUACAGAGAGAGGACACGUUGUUUGAUUCCAUCGCAGUACGGAUAUACCGCCCCACCAAAGCCAAAACCAGCUCCCCAAGGGCCGGCAUGGUGUUUUAUCACGGAGGAGGCUGGGUGUUGGGAUCUGUGGCGUCCCACGACCCGGUGGCUGCCCAUUUCGCCGUGGAGGCAAACAUGGUAGUCGUAUCUGUGGAAUACCGUAUGGCCCCGGAAUUCCCGUACCCUGUACCCCUGGACGACUGUGUCACAGCCACCAAGUACUUCAUCCAACACGCUGCCAAAUUUAACGUCGAUCCCAACAGAGUAGCCAUUGGAGGUGACAGCGCUGGUGGGAAUCUCGCUGCCGCCGUUUCUCUUAAGUUACGAGAUACUGGGUUCCGGCCAAUGCCUAAAGCUCAAGUCCUGAUCUAUCCCGUUCUGCAGCUUCUGGACUUCAACACUCCGUCCUACUUCAGGGCGUUCAAAUACCAGAGUGACAACAGUGUCAUGGGAAUGAUUGUUGGGUAUUACCUCGGGGCACCGAAAAAACAUCACGCUUCCAUCGCCAACAACCUUCACAUCUCACCGGAACUUCGCAAAAGGUACGCUCCCUACCUGAAGACAGAGGUCCUUCCUGACGGGUUCGUGUUACCAGACUACAAACCGACGGAUGUUAACCUCCAGUGGGAUAAAACCGUUCCCAAGGAUCUGGGUCUGACAGCGACGGACAUUUACGUCUCGCCGUUGUUAGCCGAUGAUCUAAAGAACCUCCCCGAAGCGUUUGUCUUGACGGUCGGAUCCGACGCUCUCCGAGACGAAGGGGUGAUGUUUGCGUAUCGGCUGAAGGAGGCGGGUGUAAAAGCCACGUGGGUUGAUAUACCGGACACAUUUCACGGCUGUAUUUGUGCAACAGGAGGGCUUUUAGGCACGAAAUCGGGCCGGCGGGCGAAUGAAGCUAUUGUAAAGCUCUUAAAAGAGAACGUUUAGUUGUUAAGCAGACCUACCCACCCUAUCACGAUACAUGUAGUUACCGCAUGAGAUCAUAGGCCGAUUCCGUGAUGGCGCCAUUAUUAUUUUCGCGCAGUUCAUUACGGGAUUUAAUUUGGGGUAGAAAUCUUUUCUACAAAAACCGUAGGACAAUUUCCAUGUGUUUUUCUGUGGGAUUUACCACGGGGACGUUUUAGUAUAAUUUCUCUCAUACCUUGGCAGUUCAAAUUUCAAAUCACACAAUGCUUUGUCCGAGACCGCGCUUGUGCACUCGAUUAAGCCCUAUACACGUCCUUAUCAAGCUUCGCGUCGCCCAUCUACCCACCAGACUCAACCAUUAUGUAUGUCACGUGCGAGAACAGAAGACUGUUGGGCCUCCCUUACAUACGAUAUACCCUAAACCUCCCUUCGUUAACCUGUAUCGCACAUAAUUGAUCAUUUCAGGACAUAUUCCCUAAUUAUAAGAUGGAUAGUUGCACUUUAUUAAGCAACAUUUUCGUAACAUGCCCUCCACACCCAACCCCCUUUUCUCCUUUGAUCUUCCGGUCUACUGGAUUCACCAAUAUUAUCCAUUUUCCACCUUUGAUAUAAAAUGGCCCGAGUUAUUCCACACUUGGAUCGAUGGAUAGAAUGAAAAAAACACUAUAUUUAUUCUGUUCAUUUACUUUCAUUAAUUGACACGUGAAUAAAAUAUAUAUAUGUACAAGGAUAUGUCAGUCUGUAACUGAUUUCCCCGUCACAUGUGAAAUACGGAUGUCCCCGUCACAUGUGAAAUACGGAUGUCCCCGUCACAUGUGAAAUACUGAUGUCCCCGUCACAUGUGAAACACUUAGGUUCCUGUCACUUAUGAAACACUGACGUCCCUGUCACAUGUGAAACACUAAUGUCCCUGUUCCUUAUGAAACACUGACGUCCCUGUCACAUGUUAAAUACUGAUGUCCCUGUCACUUAUGAAACACUGACGUCCCUGUCACAUGUGAAACAAUGAUGUCCCUGCCACUUGUGAAACACUGAUGUCCCUGUCACAUGUGAAACACCGACGCCCCUGUCACAUGUGAAACAAUGAUGUCCUUGCCGCUUGUGAAACACUGAUGUCCCCGUCACUUGUGAAACACUCAUGUCCCUGUCACUAGUGAAACGCUGAUGUCCCCGUCACUUACGAAACACUGAUGUCCCUGCCACUUGUGAAACACUGAUGUCGCUGUCGGAUGUGAAAUAUUGAUGUCCCCUUCACUUAUGAAACUCUGAUGUCACUGUCACUUGAAUUUCAAUUCUCAGUUUCACAUAUUUUGUGUCCUGGGACCCUUUUCACGAAGCUCACUUGGCUAAGCAUUCAACUACAAUGGCAACAUAUGUUGCACUUAGUUAAGGGCAACUAAACACUAAGUAAGCUUCAUGAAACCUGUCCCAGUAAAUGCAUGCAUAUAUACAUUCACGUGUACACGUGAGAUAAUCCAAUACAUCUGCUCGUAAAUAUA